AUGUCAUAUUGGAGAAGCAAAGAAAGGAGAAGGGUAAGUAAUAUAUAAGACCUUUAUUAUAUACAUGGCAUUGCACUUAUUAUUGAAGCUGAUUGCAUGCAUAAACCAGAACAAGACUUCUUCAAUGGCAUGCAGACUGAUAUAUCAGACAUCAGGAAAUGUUAUAUACCGAAAAUACUGGUAUUAAAUCCAAUGUCGGUAUGACUUUUUCAGUAAUACCAAUAUACCGAAAUUUCCAAUAUACCCGAAUGUUUCAGUACGAUAUGGUAAAAUAAUCAAUAUUUCUAUUAAAAAUCUCAUUGAAAUGACUGAAAUUCCUUCGAAACAGCUUUGAAUUUAGGGAAGGUUAGUUUGCUGACCUCAGAAUGACAUUUCAUCAAACCUUUUUUCUUCAAGACUGGUUUAGAACCAAACUUGGAGUAGGGUUAGGAUUAGUAUUCGGAAUAGGGUUAGUAUUAGUAAAACCCCUUUACUUUGUCAAGUAUACCGAUAAUAUCGGUAUAGUUUUCCCAGUAUACUGAUACCGGAAAUUUCUCAUAUCAAACAUCACUAUUGCUAGCUCUUGUUUGAUUUAAAAUGAAUACAAAACCCAUAGUCCGUGUGUUGUGACCCGAUAUCGUUCACUUUCAUUAAGCAUGUCUUAGAUCUGAAAUAUUUUUGCGGGAACUAACACUUUCGAACACGCUGAUUUCAAAUCCGAAAAGUUCCCACUCUGUAGACCCGCAGUUUUUUCACAAAAUGCUAUUUUAUCUUCACUAAUUUCACAACAAAUUUUUUCAUUGUUCAACGAUACGGAUCGAUGACGAUACACGAUUAUGUCACUCAAAAGGACCAAUUUCUAUUAACCAUUCUUCCUUUUAACAAAAGAUCGGUUCUGCUCGAAUCAUUUUGAGUUAUGGAAUCUUAUGCGUGUUGGACGUAAACAACAUAUCUUGUCUAUAACUUUGAGAAGGUACAGAUAACGCUUUCUAAAAUCCUCAGUUCUAGAGAUAUCUCUUUAAAAUCACAAUGACGUUAAUGUCAAGUCUUUUAGCUAUGUCACUGGCCUGAAAAAUAACUCUUUUAACGCGAUCAAGAUAUUUAAAACAAAAGUAACGCGAAGCCAACGUAACGGCAAAGAUAACGCUAAAACGAAAUAUUGUCGAAUGGUUGCAGGUAGAAGACUUACGACAGGAUCAAUCUUAAAUAACCCUAAACUAUAAGAAUAAAUGUUCACAUCAACGACAAAGAUCGGUCACAAAGUAUAAAAUACGCUCUGUAAACUUACCGCGAAGUGGAGAAAUGUGUGCAUGAGCUGUUUAUUUGAUGAUUUCGACGUAUAUAGAAGCCCUCUUUCCAAUAAUACUCGCUUAUCGCACAGUAUAACACCAACUGAUGUAAUAGUUCAAAUGCAAUGAUAAGUUAUCUCUUGAAUUACGUCUUGGAAACCGUGUUGGAAAUUUCAGUGCUGAUCCAUUACAUAUAGAUUACCGUUUUAUAUCUUUAUAUAAAACAUUCUGAUCGCAUGUAAGGAAUUAUUUCUCAGCCCAGAGACAUAGCCCAAAGACUUAACAUUAACGUCAUUGUGAUUUUAUAGAAAUAGAUCCAGAACUAAGGAUAUUAGAAGGAAUUAUCUGUACCUUCUCAAAGUUGUAGACAAGAUAUGUUGUUUACGUCCAACACGCAUAAGAUUACAUAACUCAAAAUGAUUCGAGCGAAACCGGUCUUUUGUUAAAAGGAAGAAUGAUUAAUAGAAAUUGGUCCUUUUGAGUGACAUAAUUGUGUAUCGUCAUCGAUCCGUAUCGUUGAACAAUGAAAAAAUUUGUUGUGAAAUUAGUGAAGAUAAAAUAGCAUUUUGUGAAAAAACUGCGGGUCUACGGAGUGGGAACUUUUCGGAUUUGAAAUCAGCGUGUUCGAAAGUGUUAGUUCCCGUAAAAAUAUUUCAGAUCUAAGACAUGCUUAAUGAAAAUCGUUUUCUAGGCACUUUUCGAGGUCACAACACACGGACUACCAGUCGAAUUGCAUUCGUAAGAAUUGCAUAACAGAUUUUAUGAGUUAAAUUAACACCUAACUUGUGCUUUGUUUUUACUCCUAUCACAGCUUCUUGGAAUUGCAGGAUAUGAAGUCUUGUUAUGUGCACCAACAGAGGCAUUAGCUGACAAACUGCUUCAGGUGAUUGGACAGAAGUACUCUAUCAACACAAACAAAGCACAUCUGCAGAAUGAGGUGAUGCUAGCAGUAAGUGACAAUACAAUUCUAUUAUAUUUUAACAGUCCUCAAUUAAGUAUUUCUGCAAUUUCCUGCUGGUUUUUCUUUUAAAUUUUCAAAAUGUUCAUAUGAUUAAAUGAUAUAAAAUGUUAACUUAAUGCUUAAAACUGUGAAAACUAAAAGAAUUUAAAAAUUUCAAUUAAAAAGGUUUUAUAUAUACACUUGGUCAAGUGCUCUGGGAAUUUAACCCAGAAACCAGUAUUGGUAUGUAGUGGUCACAAACACGGUGGGCACAAAAGACAGCUAAUUCGGCCAUGUACAAGUAACUUUCUCUCGUUAGUUUGGAAUAUCACGAAACUUCCUCACAGGAUAGAACUUGCAAUUCCUAAAAAUCCUAUCGUUUUUGUUUUUCGAGUUUGUUACAUUUUGGCGGGGAAAAAAAAUUAAACACGAGCUAAGAACAUGCUAGUAACUUUUUUGAAGAGAUUGUCCUAUAAGGAUCUCAAAACUGUAAAAACAUUAAAAAUACAACAAGGCAGUGCGAAGAUAUGGCGAUUCAAAAUUCGAAAAAAAUCUAUUUUUAGUAACAAAAUGGGGUUUUUUCCCAAAUUUUAAGCACCAUAUCUUUGCACUGCUUUGGCGUAUUUUCAAUGUUUUCACAGUUCUGAGAUCCUUAUAGGACAAUCUCUUCAAAAAAGUUCCUAGCAUGUUCUUACCUCGUGUUUAAUUUUUUGCCACUUUCCCGCCAAAAUGUAACAAAAUCGAAAAACAAAAACGAUAGGAUUUUCAAGAAUGGCAAGUUCUAUCCUGUGAGGAAGUUUGGUGAUAUUCCAAACUAACGACAGAAAGUUAUUUGUACAUGGCCGAAUUUGCUGUCUUUUGUGCCAACCGUGAAACAUGUGCAUUUUUCUGUUUAACCCAUUGAGUGGCAUUGCACUGUGAUGUGCCCUACUUUAUUAUUUUACUCCGUCUAACACCAGACGAUUUUACUUGUCAAGGGGAGAGCGCUGGCACUUAAUGGUAACACUGGCCUAUCUGCCCAUGUGUCUAGUUAACCCAAUGAGUUGCAUUGUGCCCUGAUGCACCCUACUUUAUUAUUUUACUCUGCCUAUACGCCAGAUUAUUUUACUCUCUCUAUAUGCCAGACGAUUUUACUUGUCAAGGGGAAAGCGCUGGUGCUUGAUGGGUUAAUUAAGCCAUUGUUCAACAUGUCUAUCAACACCAGCUUCAGUAUCUGAUCCCAUUGCUUUUAUAUAUUUGAUAGCGUAAAUAUGUCAGAGAAAUGACAGUUUCACGGGCCAAAAAAGAGGAGUUUUGGCAGGCCAUGUACUCAUGGAAGACGACAACCUGGCCAAAUGGGCUAUCGCCGGAUGAUUGGCGUGCAGUUAGGAGGGAGGACUUAGCUGCCUAUGAUGCAAAAGAAUAAUUUGAUUUGACAGUUGACUUGACUUUUUUGCUAUUUUAAAAUCACCUAGCAUGAAACAGCAUGUUUUCAGACUUACAGUAGCUUUUCCUAGUGUCUGAAUUCCCUUGCCAAAAUCUAAACAAAUUAAGGUUACAGGAUACCCGGAAAACCACUGAAUAGCAGAACGAUUAAAACCAAAGUUGGAUAACUUAUCAAGCAAUAUUUGGUCGUCCAAUGUAUUGAAUGCUUUGCUUAGGUUUGUAAAAGACAAGUCCAGUAAUAUAUUCCUUGUCUAAAAUGUUAUGGAGCAAAGUAUUUGUUACAUGUGUAAGGCAGGAGGCUGUUGAAUCUAGUGGACAGAAGCCAGAUUGGUGAAAGGAGAGCAAUUUAUGUUCUUGUAGGUACUUAUAUACCAUCCCAUGGACAAGCACGUUCAAGAAUCUUUGAGAAGAUAGACAAUACAGAUAUAGGUCUAAAGUUCGAGGGAUCUGUCUUAGUCCCAGCUUUGUGAACAGGAGUAACUACUGUAUGUUUCCAAUCAGUUGGUAAAGUUCCCUCGUUUAUAGUUCUAUUCAUAAGGAGCAGAAGAGGUUCUGCAAGACCAGGGGCUCCAUCCUUUAUGGUAUAUCUGGCAUACCAGAUGAUUUCUUUGUAUUAACUGUGCAUAGUUGGGUAUAAACAAACUCUACAGAAAUUGAACUCAAUUCAAAAUGUACAUUUUGAUCUAGAUUUCCCAUUAGUUGCAUAGGAGAAAUUUGAGAGAUCAAUGGAAGAGACAGCAGCUAUAGAGCUGAAGAGUUAAACCAAACCUUGAUGAUAUUUUCAUAGGGUCUAUGAUUGUAAGCCCCUUCAAUCAUUGAUUGAGGCAUGUUUAUCAAUUAGUGUCUCUUUAAAUGACAUCCACAACUCUUCAACUGUAAGAGAUGUAUCAAUAACAUCCCAAGACGAUACAGCGAUGAAAUAAGUAUCUUAUGCUUGUUUGGGAGCAUAAUUUCCAGCCAAAUCAUUUUGAUUUCGCUAUAGGUCAGCCCCUUGGGCACGCAAUGAAGUUAGAUUUAUAGGAUAUUGCAGUACCACCACCUCUCCGUUUGUCUUUCCGAUCAUUUCUUACAAAACUAUAUCAUUCAAUAGCAAGCUCAGCAUCUCGCCAGAAGCAGAUUAACUAUGUUUCGUUUAAGCAGAGCACAUCAAAUGGAUUUUCAUGCAGCAGGAUCUUUUAUAGUUCAUCAAGAUGUUUCAGCAGACCAUGCAUGUUUAGGUGACCAAUCUUGAGACCAGGUUUUGAAAGCCUUGGGUCACACCAACCUGGAUUGGUUGCUACAUCACAAGAUAAAGAUAUCAUCAGCGAAGCAAUGCCGGUGUAUUGGAUGAUCUUGAGAAAUUUGAUGAGUUUAUUCGAGUGUGAAAUAUCGGUGCCAGGUGAAGGCCGCCUCAAAGGCGCCCGAUAUAACAUCAAUUUUUGGGAUGCUUCAGGUGCAGCUAAUUCUUUACUAGCGUUUCUAGGCAAGGAUCCAGCAAAUAUUAUCAAGAAAAAUACUUGAAUCAGACGUUUUUGCCAAGUAUAUCACAGAGCUGUAAAAUGUACACCAACCAUCUUGAAUUAAUCACUAUAUGGUUGAUUUGAUGGUUCUGAUGUAGCAACCAUCUCCAUGCUUGCUGGAGAAUAUGGAAAAUACAAAGCAAUAAAAUAACACACACACAGUUUGGAGGUCAUCAUGAAGGUAUGUUUGUGAAGCUUGUUGAAAAGCUUUCUGAGCAUGAACACUCCAACCCAGAAGCAACCAUUGACUACCAGUUGUAUCCUGGGGACAAUAGUCCACUUAUUGUCAGUGUGGUCACACCACUUAUGAAAUGUCUCCAUAAAGACAUUGAACAGUCUGGAGAACUCUAACACAAAAGCACACAAUUUGAAAGCUUUUUUGUUGUGCACACAGUGUUGCAGGGGCAUUGCCAUGUAUGUGGCCUGCUAAUUACCAGUGAUGGGAAAGAGAGCAGCAUAAAACAAGUGUUUACCAUGCUGAAGAAUUGUCUCCCUGACUAUGCAUAAUAUGGCAAUGGCCCAUCAUUGGGCCCGAAAAUUAUGUUAACUGACAUUUGUCAAGAACAGAAAAAUGCUUUGAAAGCUGUGUGGCCAUCUGUUAUUUCAUUGCUUUGUAUUUUCCAUAUUCUCCAGCAAGAUGGAGAUGGUUGCUGGAUAAGAAUCAACCAAAAUGCUAGAACUGAAAUCUUGGGUUUACUUAAGAAAGCCCUGUAUGCCACAUCUGAAGAUAUGUUUGAAGAAAGCUUUGAUGAACUUCUUGAUGAGAUGGAAGAAACAUACCCUCAAGCCUUCAAGUAUUUUGAAGGCUUGUAUAUGGAAAAGAAAGAAUUUGCUCUUUGUUUUGGAACUUCUUUGCCUGUCAGAGGGAACCAAACGAACAAUUUUGUCGAGUCACAGUUCCUGGUAUAAUUCUUGCUAGGGUAAAAGAAUACAAUGUUGUUACACUUUCUGAUAGACUUACUGUUGAUUUAGUACCUGCUCUCAAUUGUUGAUUGAUGUUUUGAAGGUCACUACAGGAGUCGUUUCAUGGGGGAAACAAAAGCACAAGGGUGAUGGAGCUCAAGUAUUCAAAGUCCAUCAGAAGUUAGGAGUUUCCAAAUGGAAUUUUCCAAGUUAG